AUGCAGCCCUCCCAGCUCGAGAUCGAGCGCGAGGUCGAAGCCCUCCGCGACAUCAGGCGGCGGUCCACCGCUCAGGGCGGCCCCGGCUCCCUCAUCCUCGACCCCGAUCUUCCCAACGACGCCGCCAACGGCCAGGCUGCAUACUGGUCGCCCACCGAAGAGUCCAGCAGCAGCUCCCAUGAAAGCCUCCUCUCUGAGACUAGCUCCGCCGCCGCCCAGGAUGACCCUUUCUCUCUCUUCUGGGUCCCAGCAAGUCUCCAUCCCGAGCUCGCACCGAAAGAGUUCAAGGAGUUCCUCAAGGAGCACGCUCGCUCUCCCCCUGAUGGCUCGCCCCCCACCCGCUCCAAUUCAUCCGCCUCCAUCGGCGGCCUUGGCCGCAAGCGGUCCAUGCUCAGCCGCCAGUAUAAGCCUUCCCCCCACGACGGCGUCGGCGAGAACGAGGAGGAGCCGGUCGUCCCCCUACGUCGAAACCGGACCAGCUUUCUUAACAUGCCCCAGCUCACGAUCAGUGACCUCCAGAAACUAGAAGAACUCGCGGAGGAGGCCUCCACGAGCGACGACUCAUCCAAACUUCGGAGUAUGUUGCGGAGGAGCCUGAGCCUGAGCAUCGCCCCUUCUGUCAUCGACCAGAUGGAUGAUCUCAGAGAUCCUGGCGACGAGGCGGAUUCUCCUAUCAUCGUCCCACCACCAAACCAGAUCCUGCGGCGAAGUGCCCGGACGAAGAUUCGAAAAGCGGGAACGGGCGAGGGUGCACAUCGCUUCACCGCUACUCGGAGUCGCCGUAAAUCUCUCACUUCCACUCGUGCCAACACGAUGGAGCCCCGGUCUUCCAGCGAUAUGUCGUCCAGCGAUCACGGCGAGGGCGAAACGAUUCGUCGUGUCCCACGCUCGAAAGAUGACAUACCAGAUGUCCCGCCGCUGCCUAGGCCCGAGUCCUACAGUGUCGAGACCGCCAUCUACGACGCGUAUGCGGCCGCCGGGGAGGACGCCGAGCGCGAGUUCGUCAAUCUCUCGCCUCCCAUCUCACGGAGCCCCGAAAUCGUGACAGAACUAGUAGAGGAACCGCAGGAGGUCCACGAGGAGCCGGAGGAGGAAGUACCCCUUCACCAUCCACAACCACAAAGGGCGCUGGCGCCGCCGACCUCGGACUACCCGAUGCCGCAACGCACUCCCUCUCCAUCCUCUCCUUCAUCAUCCGUUCUGGACUUGUCGGCCUCUACUUCACCUUCAGCGUUGGACGGCGUACAGCGACCUCCUCUCCAGAGCGGCCCCUCCUACCAAGCGCCGGCAUCACCGAGUCCCUCUGAGCAUCGACGAGAGAAAGGCAACAAGGGAUUGUUCAAGUGGGGAGGUGACAAGAGCGGGAAGAAGAAGGAGAAGGACAAGGGCGGAGAGCGUGAAAAAGAAAAGGAUCCUGGUUUCUUUGGGUCGCUCUUUGGAUCGAAGAAGAAGCAGGACGAGCCUCCGUUGGCAGCCAACGCCGCAGGUCGCGAGGCCGCUGCCGCAUUGCUUGGUGCGUCCAAGUCGUCGAAGAACUACGUCCCUCCGCCCUCGCCUCAACUCGGGAACUACGCGCGCUACCCCAUCCAUGUUGAGCGCGCGAUCUACCGUCUGAGUCAUAUCAAGCUCGCCAAUCCCCGGCGGCCGCUCUACGAGCAAGUGCUUAUUAGCAACCUCAUGUUCUGGUACUUGGGCGUCAUCAACAAGACUGGCCAGAACGGGCAGCAGCCCCAGCAACAGGGACAGCAAGCCAAUGCGGGCGCUGCAGCUCCACAGCCCACCCCGUCAGCUGCUGACAAAGAACGGGCAGAGAAGGAGAAGCGAGAUCAGGAGGAGCGGGCACGCGCGGAGAAGGAGAAGAAGGAGAGCUCACGCAAGGGUAGCCUAACAAAGCCAGCGCCGAAUGGACAGCGACGCGCCGAGACUCCCGUACGCGGCCCGCAAUACGAGAUGCAACAUCGCGCGAUAGAACAAGGCUAUGGCGCGUACGGUGAGCAGCAACCCAACGGCGGACCGCCCCCGGCGCGAACAUCCUCGGCUCCUCCCCAUCCAAUGCAGCGGUCACCACCCUCUCAGCAGCAGCCAUACUCAGUCCAAUUGGUCCAGCCGCAACCACGCAAUGCCGGCUCUCCAGGCUCCGCAUCCAGCCAGUAUUUCGAGGUCGGUCACGAACCGCCUCAGCUCGCACCACAACAAUACCCUUUGGUCGCUACCGGUGCUCCCCAGUUGCCGCCGGGCGCGAUGCCACCCGUUGCGGUCGAGCAGGGCUGGCAGCAGCAAAACAUGUCCACGAACCACGCGCCGACCUCCCCGCCUCCACGACAGAACUCACCUCCUUCCUCACUACCGUCAUCGGGCUCGCGGCGACCACGAUCACCCCCUCAGGCCAACCGGUAUUCCCCACAGCCGUAUGGUGGGAACCAAGGUGGGGGCAAGUCACCCGGACGAUCACUAUCGGCGACGGCCCAGCCUUCACCGCCCAUGGCUGGAAUGAACGGGAAGGUGAAGAAGGUAAUGAGUGCUCACGCAGUCCCAGGACGCGCGAGCGAGGACGAGGACCUGCCUCUCGCUGUAUACCAGCAGCAGCAGAGGCGAAAGGAGUACUGA